CACAACCCCUCUACCCCCCGCAUAUAAGAACACUGCAUCGCGUGUGCUGGGACCAGUGCCAAACGGAUUGUGAAUCUGUGCAGGCUGUUUUUCGAUUGUGACAACCCCUCAGGUGAUCGAAGUCGGUUGUGUAUCGUGCGACACAACAUUGGAGCACACACGCACCGUUCACAAGAGAAGAUUGUCUAUAUACAUAUACAUAUAUAUAACGCACGUGUAUCUAUUCCUUACAUCCAUCGCUGACGCGAAGAGAUCCGCGAAAGAUACACACCGGCGUUAUUCCGUUAAAGUCGCGCGUUCGCGAGUGCCCGCGUGAUUAAGUGUUAUGCGAUCGCGAUGAUUAUUACAAAAAGCGCGAUGAUCGUAGAAAAUCAAUCGAUGCCAAUGGAGAUCAUACUCACUCGCGAUCAGAGGACUACGUCCCAUCGAGUCCAUGACUAUGCCACACAAAUCUAUGCGCCGGCAUCGAAGUCGGCGGUUUCAUCGUUGCAUCAAACUAAAUAUCAGAACGACGUCGUCGUGAGACACUUUUGCAUCAAAGCGACAACCGCGAAAACCGAAAAACUUGGUCAUGCUCAAAAGCACUUGCCAUAUGAUUUACACCUCAUGCCAACAUUUUAUCAUGACCGAAGAGCACGUUCAAACUCAUCUUUUAAUCUACUCAAAUCUCUAAGGUUAAGCAGUAUAUUGGUGAUUCUGCUAGCAUUGUCAGCGAAAAGUAGCCCAGUAAAUGCAAUUGAUUUCCCAGUAAUGGAUUUCAAGAACGUUGAAAUGAAAUGGAUAAAUCCCUGUGGUCUCUCCACCAAAUUACGAAAUGGCUCCAAUCCGGAUAUUGCUCAAUUGAAUGACCAUGAUCUCGUCAACCAAAUAGUGAUCCAAGCGUCAAAUGCAUUGAAGCAUGCAGAAAAAUUUAGAGAUGAUUUCGUAAGUAACAAAACGUUUUUCGCUACUUUACAUUGUCGUUCUCUUUCGGCUGUGUCUUCUUCCCAUAUAUAUUGCUGCAAUUUAGAUCGAUACAAUAUUAUUAGUUUUAUUAGAGGAUUAAAUUAUUCAAAUAUUACAAAUAUCACUAAUACCCUGAUUCUUUUCUUUUUUCAGGUCCUCUGCGAGAUUCAAGUCGCUUUAGACGAACGUAGCCUAACGCGACGACCGGACGUCACUCGAGAUAUCAUGGCGGAUGAAUACCGAUUGAUGACGUCUCUGACGUUCCGUGAUCUGCGAAGUUGGCUGAUAUACCGGGAAUACAUGAACGGUCUCGAAUACGUGAUACAAGUGUUCAAGCACCUACGCCGGCACCUGCGUCCGCCAUCUGCAGACUCCUAAAGAUCGCAAAGCGAAAGCCGAAGAAGGGUUACCAGACAACGUUUUCCAUCUCCUAUCUCAGAAAAUGAAACGCAAUCAGUGAUGGCUUCAUUUUCCUGAGAUGAUAGAAGAAAAGAGGAUGGAAGAAACGAAAAAAAAAAAA